CUAUGCUUUCUUUAAUUUUACCCGUCAUCAACAUCAUCAUCAUCAUUAUCUAUUCUAUGCUGUUAUCAAAUUGAUCUUCACAAAGUUCCAAUAUUUAUCACUCUGCUGCACUGACAAAAUUUCCAUCAAAAUAGAACCUUGAGAAAAUGACAGAAUCUGAGGAAGGAAAUCCAGACUUUCCUCUCAAGUCAAAGCCACCAGAGGAACCUGGGUGCGCCAUGGAUUUUGAUCUGGACCUUGAAAGUUCAUGGUGCUUAGAUAAUUUGUCCUUUGUCUCCGAACCCUUGUCACCUUUUCUGUUCUCCAACCCCUCUGACCAACCUUCCUCUCCUCCUCUAUGGUUUUUUUCUGAUGGUGAAGAUGAUAGGCAUGCCAGGCUUGCAGCUUCAGCCUUCUCUGAUUGCAACAAGAUCUUCUCUUGUGAUUCAAAUUCAAUAGCUGAAAAGCCAGUGGAGAAUGAUGACAACAAAAAACUUUUGCCACCCCUUGUGCCACCUUUAGAAAAUUUGGAUGGGUAUUGUGCAAUCAAGGAAAGGAUGGCACAAGCGCUUCGCUACUUCAAAGAGUUGACUGAACAGAAUGUUCUGGCACAGGUUUGGGCACCUGUGAGGAAUGGUAAUCGGUAUGUGCUUACAACUUCAGGUCAACCCUUUGUUCUUGAUCCACAUAGUAAUGGACUCCAUCAAUAUAGAACCGUCUCUCUGACGUACAUGUUUUCUGUGGAUGGGGAGAAUGAUGCAACUCUGGGACUUCCUGGUCGGGUUUUUCAGCACAAAUUACCAGAAUGGACUCCUAAUGUUCAGUAUUAUACUAAUAAAGAAUAUCCACGCCGAGAUCAUGCUCAAAAUUACAAUGUUCGUGGAUCCUUGGCUUUGCCUGUGUUUGAACGUUCAUUGCAGUCAUGUGUUGGUGUACUGGAGUUGAUAAUGACUUCACAGAAGAUAAACUAUGCUCCUGAGGUUGAUAAAAUCUGCAAAGCCCUUGAGGCAGUAAAUUUGAGGAGUUCAGAAAUUUUGGAACAUUCAUACACUCAGAUUUUAAACCAGAUUUGUAAUGAAGGCCGCCAGAAUGCAUUAUCAGAGAUCUUGGAGAUAUUGACAAUGGUGUGUGAAACUCAUAAUUUACCUCUAGCCCAAACAUGGGUUCCCUGUAGGCAUCGGAUUGUUUUGGCCCAAGGUGGUGGUCUAAAGAAAAGUUGUUCUAGUUUUGAUGGUAGUUGCAUGGGGCAAGUUUGCAUGUCUACAACUGACAUAGCAUUCUAUAUCAUAGAUGCUCAUUUAUGGGGUUUUCAUGAGGCCUGUGUUGAGCAUCACUUACAACAAGGUCAAGGGGUUGCUGGGAGGGCUUUUUUGUCCCAUAGCAUGUGCUUCUGCAGAAACAUUACCCAAUUCUGCAAAACUGAUUACCCCUUAGUUCAUUAUGCUCUCAUGUUUGGGUUAACAAGCUGUUUUGCAAUCUGUUUACGAAGCUCGCAUACCGGAAAUGAUGAUUAUGUAUUAGAGUUUUUUCUGCCUCCUAGGAUCACAGACUUUGAUGAACAAAAGACUUUUUUGGGAUCCAUAUUGGCAACAAUGAAACAGCAUUUCCAGAGUCUUAAGAUUGCUGCUGGUGUUGAACUUAAGGAGGAUGGUUCAAUUGAAAUUAUUGAAGCAGAAAAUGAAAGAGUUAAUCUGAGGCUUGAAUCUAUUCCAAUUGCCCAAUCUAUUAAAUCACCGCCUAGGCCUGAUGUCUCACCAAAUAUAGGGGAGGAAGUGCCACUGGAUCUAUCAGAACAGCAAAUAAUGAUGUACUGUAAUGACAUAGAUGAUGGAAGGAGUCUUGAUGACAAUGCAGGUGGAAACAUUGAUCAAAUGUCCUCCUUAGACACUAAAAACAUAAAGAAACCCUCAGAGAGGAAACGUGGAAAAACUGAGAAAUCAAUUAGUCUCGAAGUUUUGCAACGUUAUUUCGCUGGGAGUCUAAAAGAUGCUGCAAAGAGCCUUGGUGUUUGUCCUACUACAAUGAAGCGCAUCUGUAGGCAGCAUGGGAUAUCGCGUUGGCCAUCUCGAAAGAUCAACAAGGUUAACCGUUCCUUGUCCAAGCUCAAGCGUGUUAUGGAAUCUGUCCAAGGUGCAGAAGGAGCAUUUGAUUUGAAUUCUCUCAGAACAAGUCCACUUCCCAUUGCUGUUGGUUCCAUUCCUGAGCCUUCUACUUCAAAUAAGUUCAGCCAGCAAGCCUCACUAAGCAUUGGGCCAUCAGAGCCUCAGUUGAAAGAGAAUGAAUUGGAGGCCUAUAAAAUAUUAGAAACAAAUAGACAGGCUGGAAUGGAAGAUCAAUUUCUAGGAGGAAGGACACAAAGUGUUGAGAAAGUAAUACAUGAUAAAUGUGUUUCUACUUGGGAAGUUGAAAAAGAUCCAAAAAGGACUAGAACUGGGAGUGGCUCAAGUGAAGAUAGUACAAUUCCUACUUCUCAUGGUUCUUGCCAAGGUAGUCCCCUAAAUGAAAGUUCACCCGUAAAAGAUAUAUUCAUUACAUCCAUCAAUGAGCAAUGUGCUGUGCUAAGGGGAUCACCAGAAUCAACACUGCAGCCAACUAAUGCACUGAACUGUUCAACUGCUUACCCUAUGCCUGAGAUUGUAGCAACAGAACUUGAAGAGCCAUUUGGAGGAAUGCUUGUAGAGGAUGCUGGUAGUUCUAAAGACUUGAGAAAUUUGUGCCCUUCAGUAGCAGAGGCCAUUUUGGAGGAUCUGGUUCCAGAAGCUUGUGGGACUAAUCCUUCAGCUUCUGAUUUGGCUCCUAAGCAAUGCAUGAAUACUCUUGAUAAAACAGUGACACCUUUUGCAGCUAGGAAAGAAAUGAAGAAUGUGACUAUUAAGGCAACAUAUAGAGAAGAUAUCAUAAGGUUUCGGGUCUCUUUGACCUGUGGGAUUGUGGAAUUGAAAGAAGAAGUUGCCAAAAGAUUGAAACUAGAGGUGGGUACAUUUGAUAUCAAGUACCUGGAUGAUGAUCAAGAAUGGGUUUUGAUAGCCUGUGAUGCAGACCUGCAAGAGUGCAUGGAUGUUUCAAGAUCAUCAGGAAGCAACAUAAUCAGGGUGUUGGUGCAUGACAUAACUUACAAUCUUGGAAGCUCCUGUGAGAGCUCGGGAGGGUGAGAAGUGGCUAUAUGUAGGUUAAGAUUUUGUACUCAAUUAUUUAGGUUCUUGUGGUCUUUAGGAUGACACAGAAAAAAUAGAUUUUGGUUAAGAUCUGCUCAAGUUGUAUAAAACUUACGAUUAGACUCGAGGAUUGCCGUUUUCUUGAAUCUUUGGUAUCACCCAAAUGUAAGAUACUGAUUGAUCACGAGAAAAAGCUAGGAUUCUUUGGUGACACAUUGUGGUCAACUUCUAACAUAAAAUCAUAUUGAUAUUGAAAUUUAUAAUUGU